AUGCAAAAGUCCAUGAAAGCAGCAACUAUUCUAGACAGCUCGUCGUGUGCGGAUGAGGCGGCUGGGUUAGAAUCGGUGUUGGCAACCAAGGGAAUCCUCUGGAAAAUCGACCUCAGAUUAAUGCCCUUGCUUGGGGUCACCUACCUGCUCCAAUUCCUGGACAAGAUCUCUCUGGGUUACUCUGCGCUCCUAAAUCUCCGAGCUGAUCUGGGUCUCAAAGGAUCCGAAUACUCCUGGGCCACUGCGGUUUUCUACUUUGGCUACUUCUUUUGGACUUUCCCGACGUCGUGGCUGAUUAUACGGCUGCCACUUGGCAAGUAUCUGGCGUCUGUUGUCGUCGUUUGGGGGGCUGUCCUUGCGUGCCACGCAGCAUGCACAGGGUUUGCGGGCCUCAUGGUCACCCGGUUCAUCUUGGGAAUGCUCGAGGCAUCAAUCGCGCCCGGAUUCAGCUACAUCACUGGCAUGUUCUAUAAACGCGACGAACAACCCCUGCGUCAUGGUAUCUGGUACUUGGGAAACUCCGCCGCCGGUCUCUUCGGUGGCGUACUCGCAUGGGGAAUUGGCCAUAUACACGGAGCACUAUGGCCCUGGCAGUACCUGUUCAUCAUAUUUGGCUGCAUCACUACGGCGUGGGGCCUUAUUCUUCUAUUCCUUCUCCCCGACGCACCAGGCUCAGCGCCAUUUCUCACGCCCGACGAGCGCCUCCUCGCCAUCGAGCGUACCAGCGAAACACGUCAAAAGGUCGAUGGCAAGGAAUUCAAGAUGUACCAGGUCUUGGAAGCUCUGCGCGACCCGCAAGCUUGGCUUCUGUGCGUUAAUAUGCUCGGUUGCAUGCUGGUAAAUUCUGGGUUCUCGGCUUUUAUAGGCAUUAUUAUAGCCGGUUUUGGAUACUCCGGGCUGCAAGCCCUUCUCUACCAGAUGCCCGGGGCAGCCGUGCAGAUCGGUCUUGUGGUCAUCACCUCGCUAUGCGGAAGCUAUGUCAGAAACUCGCGGACGAUCCUGCUCGCAGCAUUGUCCCUUCUUAGUAUUGUGGGAGUCGUCCUGGUCUACGUCCUGGACGACAGUCAAAGAGACGCAAAAUUAUUCGGCGCCUCCUUGAUGGGCGCGUAUGCAUCCAUCCUACCAAUCAGCAUGUCUAUGGUAUCUACCAACAUUGUCGGCAACACGAAGAAAACCGUCGUCAGUGCUAUGCUGUUUGUUGCCUAUUGCGUUGGUAACAUCGUCAGCCCUCAGGUGUUUCUCACGGCGGAGGAGCCAAGGUAUCCGACAGGAAUCAAAGUCUGCUUGGCUGGCUUGGCCCUAGGGUUCGUGUCGGCCACCCUUCUUAGGUUCUAUCUUCAGUACUGCAACCGUCGCAAUGAGCACGAGCGGAGUGCUUCGCAGUUUGACAAUCCUCAUGAGAAUGACGAGGAUAAGACGGACUGGGAGCUUAAGAAUUUUACAUACAUGCUUUAAAGCCUCGAGGGGGCUUCGACGGAGCCUGCGUGAGGAUGUGGAAGGAGUUGGGAGGCACGCGAGGGGGAUUGUGGGUUCAACAUCUUGCUGCGCGGCCCCCUCCCAGAGUAGCAGGGUCUGAAGAGAGGCUCAAGGAAAUCAGGAACCGAGGAACGCAUUUGAGGAGACUUUCAGUUUCUUUAGC